GAUUGAGCUACAAAUACCAAUAAACAGUUUAGGAGUGAGUUGUUCUUUGGUCUUCCAAGAAAAGUAGCAAUUGGGAGAUUAAUUUUGGCAAAUUCGGGCUACAGGUACAGAGUGUGUGUUCAGCACUGGUUAUAACUAACCACUGGAAUAAUUUAUAACACAGUUCACUGCCAUCUUGACUCUUCAGAUCUAGAUGAAAUUAUCUAGGAAGUGCUGCUGUAAAUCAAAAAGAAAUUACACCUAUCAGAGCAGUAAAGUCCUGGAGGAGCGGAACGGGGGCUCCUUCAUCAGAGACAAGCAGACAGCUUGACUGCAGGGUUCCCUCUGGGUCUGCACGGCGCUUCGCUGCCGAGUGACAGGUCCCAGCUCUCCCCAACUCUUCCAGCGACAGCUCCUCCCUUCUGGCCAGAUGGACAACCAGCGUGGUCUUCAGCUAGGGCUUCGGGCGACCUGCUCGGGGCAGAAAGCAGCCUUUUAUAGCCGGCACGCAGCUGCCCUGGCUCACACCUACGCUCCGCUCCCGGCGCGAGGCACUUCCAUCCCUGCCGGCCCCGGGACCCGCAGACCAGCCCGCCGCGCUGCCCAUGGGACCCCUUCGCCCGCCGCUGCCCCUGCGGCCGACCCUGCUGCUGCUGCUGCUGCUGGCCGUUUAUAAAGACACUCUUGGGGAAGCUCAUUUUAGAAAUCGAAGAGGAAUUCUUGAAUUAGCUGGAGCAAUUAGAUGCACCACAGGACGAUCUCCCUUUGCCUACCUACGUUACGGAUGCUACUGUGGUCUGGGAGGAAGAGGAUGGCCCAAGGACAGAGUAGACUGGUGCUGCUUUAACCAUGACUGCUGCUAUGAGAAGGCAGAACAAGCAGGUUGUCACCCUAAGACAGAAAGGUACCACUGGGAGUGUGAAGACAAUGCUGCAGUGUGUGACUCACUAGAAGACCAAUGUCAAAAAAUGGCAUGUGAAUGUGAUCGUGAAGCUGCCAUAUGUUUUUCUAAAGCUCCCUAUCAUACAAAAUACCUUUUGUGGCCAGACUUCAUGUGUGGUGAGAUUCAGCCUUUAUGUAGGUAUUAGAUGUCAGACUUUAUGAGAACUCUGUAUGUAUUGAAAUCUAAAAUGCCUUUUUUUUGGUCACAGUAAUGAAAACUAAUUAUUUUCCCCCUUCUUGAUCCUCCUUCCUGCCACAUCAGCCUCUCUACCCUAAAAUGGCCAAAGUAAACAUUUGACCUCUCACUUACUUUCUACAGUGCACAGACCAAAAGCAAAUUCAUUAGUUCUGUGUAAGCUUUUAUAGAUUAAAUAGGAAUUUAUCACCUUAAGGAGUAAAUGACUUAAAAUUGAUUUUAUUUAUAUUCAGAUUCACAGAUUUUUCAGAUUUGUAAUAUUCACUGUAAAUGUUAAUCCCCCCUCCACUGGACAUAAGAUACAAAUCACUUUUCCACUAGCAUUUACAAUUGUUAACUUU